CUGCUCAUAUCGGUCAGAAGAACUUCGACCCCUGGUCAGAGAUGGUGCACUUGUACUAAAGCGCAGUAUAUCUGAGUGAAAAUGGCUUCUCGGCGUCUUGGCAAAGUUGCCCUGGAUAGCUCGAGUUUGUUUCUUUGUGACAUGCAGGAAAAGUUUCGACCAACUAUUCAGUUUUAUCCGCAGGUUGUAGCGACAGCAAAACGUAUGCUCGAUGCAUCCAAUAUCUUAAACCUGCCUGUUGUUGUCACGGAGCAGUAUCCUAAAGGUCUGGGUCCAACUGUGACUGAGCUGGAUGUCAGUCAGCUAAAGGUGUUCCCCAAAACCAGAUUUUCUAUGUUAGUUCCAGAUGUCAAGGAACACAUCAAAAAGCUUGGUAACAUAAAAUCUGUAAUCCUUUGUGGAAUUGAGGCACAUGUGUGUGUGUCUCAAACAGUCUUGGACCUGAUCGAGGAGAACUAUGAUGUCCAUGUUAUUGUGGAUGCUUGCUCUUCUCGCAGCAUGGUUGAUAGAAUGUAUGCCUUUCAAAGAUUAAAAGAAGUUGGAGCGUUUUUGACCACCAGUGAAAGUAUGUUGUUGUGCCUGUGCCAGGAUGCAAGUCAUCCUAAAUUCAGAGAAAUACAGAAGAUAAUCUGGGACCCUGCACCAGACAGUGGGUUGCUCUACCAUACACUGAAGGGGGAGACAACUGUGUGAUUACAGUAAUCUCUCUUCACCUAAGUCCAACUACCUUUCAUGUGGCAACAGCGUAGGACAUACUGGAGAAUCUUUAAUGAUAUAUUUGUGAUGGCUAAACUGGUUUAUGAUGCCCACCAAGCCUAAGAUUUAGUGGAGGAAUCAUGCGAAAUAGUGAAGAACCCACUUAACCCCACCCAAAACUGCCCCCCUAUGAUUCAGCUAAUGGAAUUAAUACAUUACUUCUUCAGAUACAUUUGUCAGAUCUAUGGGAGAAUCUGCCAUUUUGUGAUAAUUCCGUUUUCAGACAACAUUGUUUUGUAUUCUAAGAAAGUAUUUUAGAGCCAGUGCAUGCAGAUAAGGGCUCAAACAGGAUAAAGAAAAUUUGUAAAGCCAAAAUCAAUCAAAAGCUUCAUACUUUCAAAGACUGAAGUAAAAAUAACUCCGAGAAUUGAAGUCAUAGUUGUUAAUGUAUAUUUCUGCUACUAUGUUUGUGCCAUGAUGGGGAAGUGUGUUCAGUAAAGAACACACAGGUAUUUUCAUUAAAUCAAGCUAAUGAUGUUAAAACAUGUAGGAAGCCUACAGCGCAGUAUCAAGCUUGUGGUAGCAGAAUGACAUAAUACAAGUAGCUAGGUUAAAAAUUCAUGCAGGUAUUUAAGAUGCACUGUAGCUGACUGACGACUAGGAUUUUGCGUGUAAUUUAUGCAGAACUGAUCUGUGGAACCACUGGAUCAAAGACUAAAUGACUAAAACACAUUUCCACGUGUUCUUUUAGAAUAGCAUCUCAUCUUUACGAUGACCUAAUCACACUAUAAGGCCUGUGAUAUUGGGAAAUCGAUGUGCUUCACAGUUAUGGGCUGUAUUACUCGGUGAUCUAUUUUGUUAACAAAAUGGGCUUACCAGUUGACAUUACCAGCAAUUUUUAGAGAGAAAAGUUGCCGCUGUGGAUGAGAAGAAAUUCACUUUUGUCAGCUAUGAUGUUUAAAUAGAGUGCAAAUAACAUUGUGUUUCCUAUCUUUCUUCUCGGCGUAGUACGAAUAUUAUUGCCCCAAAUUUUCCUCCUGCUGCAAAGAAAUGAACUACUUAACAGGGGCCAAAUAGCUCAUUUUUCUUAGGUGAAGGUCAUUAAAAAAUGGAGAAGGAAGUCAGUCGUAACACAAGUCAAAAGAAU